CCGGGCCGGGCCGGGUGGCGGCAGCGGCAGCGGCGGGGAGGCUGCCAGCGCGGAGGCAGUGCGGGCGAGGCGCUGGGAAUGGCGCCGUCAUCGACGGGCGGGAUCGCGCCGACUGCUCCCUCGCUGGGCCCGAUGGCUGCCUGGCUGGGCAACGGCUCCGCUGCCGGUAAUCCACAGUUUCCCCUGGUUUUGUUAAGCUAUGGCUUACAGACUACUUUGACCACUAAAACUGAUGGCAGUGAUGGCAAGCCUGAACACCUAGAGUAUAUUGCCUUUGCCUUGGUUCCUGUUUUCUUCAUCAUGGGUCUCUUGGGGAUUCUCAUCUGUCAUGUCCUUAAGAAAAAAGGAUAUCGCUGUACAACAGAGGCUGAACAAGUAGAAGAAGAAAAACUUGAUGAAAAAAUAGAAAUGAAUGAAACUAUACAUGAGAACACCGACACUGUGGGACAAAUUGUUAACUACAUUAUGAAAAAUGAAGCAAAUGCUGAUGUGUUAAAGGCCAUGGUAGCAGAUAGCAGUGUCUUUGAACCUGAAAGCCCUUUAUCUCCUGCCUCUCCAACGAGUCCAGGGACUCCUUUGUCACCUGGUGCUGUUCCAUUUAAGCACAGCUGCAAAGGCCAUCACUUCCAUACUGUUGGAGGAGUAAUAGAAAAGGAUGUUUGCAGUCGUUGUAGCCACAAACGAUGGCACUUUAUAAAGCCAGCCCACAAACCUAAAGAGCACAGAAGAAGUCGUCUUGGAGAAGUUACAGUCCUUUCUGUGGGAAGAUUUAGAGUCACGAAAGUGGAGCACAAAUCAAAUUCCAAAGAACGGAAAAGCUUGAUGUCUGUUUCUGGCAUGGAGAGUAUCAAUGGUGAUAUGCCUGCCACGCCUGUGAAACAGGAAGCAAGUGAAGCACCUGCCAUGCCUGUGAAACAGGAGACGAAUGAGAGGAGAAGCUCAGAGUAAACUGCAGGUUCAACUUUUAGAAGAGGGUUGUCUGCUAGCACUUUGGAGAAAACUGAAAACUCCCAAGAGAUGCGUAUUACUUAAGGAAUUGUAUUUAUGGCACCACAGAUAGAAAUAAAUUUGCAAGCUCUGUGGUGGCAUCGAUGGAAAGUUAAACAAUGGUUUUUCACCAGUAAAAUCAGUAAGAUUUAGACACAUAUACUGUUCAGCUGGGUGAACCUUACACAAAAUGUUUGGCUUCAUGUUUGAAAAGCAAACAAAAAGCUGUUUGAGUUUUGGACAGUAAAGGUAAAAGCCUUAUAAAUUUUUUUUUUUUUUUUUGGUACUUAGACAAACAUUUUUAAUGAGCUCGAUAUUGUGAUUUUUACCUUAUGGAUAAACUGUGUUCACCUCUCUAGGCCAUCUGGUUAUUUCUGCUCUAUUCUUCCACUCCAGAAUUGACAAGUGUUUGCUGAAGAUAAACCAGCCUUUAGAAGAUGAAAAUGUUAUUUCAAUGUGUCUGUUAGUAGCCAAGCAAAACAUACAAAGAAAUAAUUAUGUCAGCCAGAAUUUGCGUGUGUCCCUUUGGUAUAUAAGCCCUGGUAUUCUGUGAAGGUUACUUCACAGUCAAGAGUGGUUCAGUUAUAUGCAGAAGUUAAAUUUAAUUAUUAUUGCCUUUCUUCCCCCCUUACUUCCCCGUACCACUCAAUGUUAGGUUAAAGAGCAGCUUUUUCUGUGCAGUUGGGUGAGCUCUUGGGAAGUUCCUUCCCCAAGGCCAAUUGUUUUGCCAUUUUCUUCUAACUGCUGACUCAUAUUUGAAGAAUGCCUAAUAGUUUCACCUUUCUCUUUUGUUUUUACCUACAGGUUUCUUCUUAAGCUAAGGCAACGUAUUUCAAGCAUUAGAGAAGGAUAUGGAAUAUUUGGCAUUAAAAAUUUAUGGAGUAUAUACUAGCAUACCUCAGAGUGGCUUUAUUGGACUGAGGGUAGCAUAUUUGUUUGGCACCAAAAUCUUAAGCCAGUGUCACUCCCUUUGUAUUUUAAGUAUAACUUACUGCUAAAAAUACCAGUGAUGGUUUCAUGAUGUUGAUUGUUUGUGUCUACUUUUUAUCUUUGCUUUGUCCUAUUAUUUGGUUUUGGGACAGACAUCUUUGCAAUACUUCAGCAAAAUUUGCUGUGUCAUAGAAACUAAAAAAUGACAUUUGUUCUGAGUGCCUAAGAGUAUAAGCUCUAAUGCAAUGCAUUUUAGUAGAGAUUGCACUAUAUUCUGAGAACUAUUAACUUUGUUUGCUAUAUGAACUCAAACGUUCGUGUUUGUUUUGAAACUGAUUUAUUUUAAAUUAAUAAUUCCAAUUCUUUUAGUCCAAGUGCUCUGAGCUAUGUUUCUCUUUCAGAACUUAGAAUCAGCUGUCUUUAUCAGUUUAUGCAGUGUUAAUCAAUAUGUACAAAGAUAAAAAUUAGUCUUCUUGCUUACAUAUUAGAUACUUCCAUGUCUUGUCAGAGAACAAUGUUUAUUUCUCUCUUGCUGAAAGUAUGUGCUGCUGAUGGUCUUCCUUGUACUUGUAUUCUCAAGAUACUGACUGGACAUAUCAUCAAUGCUAUAUUUGCAACACAAUAAAACAAAAUCCCACAAAACAAAAUCCCACCACCCUUUUAGAAGGGAUAUCUUUACAGUUAAUUUUCCAUCCUCAAAAACACAAAAUAAGUGUUUGGCCAGGAAUGGAACCUCGAGUGAAUAGUCUCCCUACUCCCAUUAAUAAGCCUCAUUUAUGAAAUCUCUUCAAUAUUUAAGAAUAACAUAAACACCAAGCUCAGCUUCCAGGCAUACAUUUAAUAUUUUUUUUUCUUUUGUUUAAGCUUGAUUUAUUUGUAUGAAGAGCUAAUGUUUCUAGAGGAAUGUAAUUAGUGUUGGAUAUAGUAGCUAGCUUUCAGUUUCUGAGAGAUUGAGAGCUAUGGGUAUAAAAUGUUACUGGAAAAAGGGAGUACUGGGCAAAACCCAGCAGUCUGAAAUAAUUUUCAGAAAGGAGACACAGUUACGGACUAUGCCAAAAGCAUUAACAAAAAAAGCUGUUAAAAAAGCUUAAAAAACCCCAGAUUAUAUUAUUAAUGUUUUGAUACAUCGUGGGUUAGUAGUGCAAGUAAAUUUGCCAAAAGGAUAGAAGAAAGUUUAAAUAGAAAUAUGUAUUUUUUUACUUAAUUUAAAAGUAGUUUCUAUUUUGAUUCCAUUGGAAAUGUGUAGAAUAAAAGUAAUGAAAAUGUGUUGGAUAUGUAAAACAUUGUUUACCUCUAUAAAAUACUUAAGGUAUUAUAAGACCUGAUAACAUGCAAGAAUUUAAUUUGUGCAUUGCUACUUCAGUAAGAUUUAGGAACUCUGCCUAUUUUAUUGCAUUUAACACUAAACUCUGCAGUUCUGGUGGUAUGGAGAUUGCCAUAUUAAGUCAGCCUUUCUUAAAUUUGCAUUCAAAUGUAUUUUUAACAACAUAGUUUAUAUACAACUUUUGUACUACCAAGCAAUAAAUAAAAAAUAUUGAUUCUUAAA